AUGGUGACAACUAAUCAUCAUAAAUCUUCAUCAACAUCAAGGAUGAGGACAACUGCAACCACGUUGUUCUAUAUCUUCAUUCUCGUAUUGUUAUUGGGUGAUGGUUUCGGUAAGCAAAACAAGAAAGCAGACAAGCAAACAACUAGCAGUCAACAAGAAAUAGUAGGGAUCAAUGCUAUACAGAAAACUACACCAACAGCAAAAAAGACGUCGACAACUGCAUCCACUGUAAUAGGUGGAUCGGGUGUACCUCCUACUGCUUCUGAGAGCGUUAACAGUGCACAACAACAACAUCAACAACAACAAACAAAACGAGAAGCUGUCAAUAUAGAACAACAGCAACAGACGCAUAUCAUCAACCAAAACAUACAGCAACAACGAAGAUACUAUCAUCAUUUUAGAUACAGUCAAGAAUUAAAUACACCGUCUCCACAACUCUCUGGAAUCGAUGGUUUUCCAUGGCCACCCAAUUUAAGUACAAGUAAACAACCUUCUUCUUCUUCUUCGACCUCUACUACUGGCACUACAGCAUCUGCAUCAGCAUCAACAUCAGCUCAUGAUGAUGCCGUCGAUGGUGUCAAUGAGGAAGUAGAGGAAACAAUAGUAUUUGGAGAGACAUUGGAUGAAGACAUGAUUGAGAAAUUCGUUCACGAUAACAAAGACAAAGACAAAGACAAAGAUAAUAAUAGUAAUAAGCAGAAAAAGGAAAAAGAUUUAAAUGAUAAUAAUAGUAAAAAGAAAAGUAAUAAUGUAGAUAAACAACAACAACAACAAACUAAAAAGUCAAUGAACGAUAAUAAUAAUAAUAAUAAUAAUAAUCCAGUUAGUAUAUUUCCAUUAGAUUUACAUUUCAAAAAUAGUCAAAUGUGUAUAGAUAGUAAAGAUUCAUUUGUGAUUACCAACCUAAAGAGUCAUCCUAUUCAAAUCCUAUCGAUUCAAACUUCAAGUCAACAUUUUGAAACUGAUUUCAUUAGAAGUUUUACAUUGAAAGAUAAUGAGAAUCAUAGAGUUAGAGUGGUAUUCAAGCCAAGAUAUAUUGGAGAGUAUAAUACGACUGUUCAAGUACAUAGUGUCGAUCAGGAUAGUGGCUUGACAUAUGUUUCAUCGAUAAAGGUGUUUGGCACUGCCAAGGGAUCAUUUUAUCAACUCUCACCUAUAAGCGAUCGAGUGUUGAUAGACACGAUGUUUUCACGAUCCAUUUACAUCUACAAUCCACAUAAUGAAACAUUGUACAUCAAGGAUAUCUAUACUUCUGGUGCACCAUUUUAUUUAUCUUUACCACCAGGAUCUUCGACUACUUCUUCCGAUACCCCCCUUCCUCCUUCAACUACACCUAGUGUAACUUCCUCCAUACCUUCAACUUCUUCACAAAAGUUAAAACAACAACAACAACAGCAACAUGAAUCACCUCAAAAUAACAUUUGGGAGAUUGAGCCAUUUACAAGAGGCCAAAUCAUCAAUUUGUCAUUUCGGUCAUCUUUGACUGGCAUGUUUAACAAUGAACUUCACAUUGACACGAAUUUUGCCAACUUUACCGUCUAUCUACAGAUUCAAUCGAUUGGCGAGACGGUUCAUCUUUCUCCUGAAAGCUUGGACUUUGGCUUCAUCACUGGCAAGAGUGAUUUUAAAUCCGUAUCUUUAUUUCUUUACAAUCCAGAACAAGAAGAUAUAAACAUUCUUGAAAUCCGUCCUCUUCAUCCAGAUCCAAGAUUAAAAUUCUUUAUUCAUGAUGAUAGUACAACUUUUGCAAAAUCUCCAUCAGAAAUUGCACAUUUUUUCUAUAGUAGUGAAUUGGAAGGAGUAUUUCGUGGAAUCAUAUUGAUUAGAAUCAAUGGAUAUAAAGAUACACAUAUUCCAUACCGAGCAGUUGUAGCACAUGGUGAUUUAUCUUAUAAUCCAAAAGAUGUAUUAUUUCCAUUGAUACCAUUUGGUUCUGGUGAUAUUGAUAUGGAUUUUCUAGAUGAAACACAGGAUGAGCCAUAUCCAAGACUUUCCCCAACCACCUUGAAAGAUGUUGCGAGUAGACCUAUCGUCAGUAAAACCACACCGGGUCUAUACACAAAUCGUCUUGUGCUUCGAAAUAAUUUCAAUGUUCCAUUGGUCAUUUAUUCGGUGCACGUAAGCGAUAAUCUAUUUGUGGUAAAGGAUGCUCCGCUUGGUGUCUCUGUUAAGCCACACGAGACUUGGAAGCCAAUCCUAUUAGAGAUCAAUCCCAACUACAAAUACAACGAUCGUCAACUCUUGGGUCCAGGUGGUAAACAUGCUUCACUCUAUGUAGAUACAAACAUUAGUGUGUUUGAAAUCGAUUUACAUGCUUAUAAUCGACUUUUAUCAUUCUCUACCAAUUUAUUGGAUUUUGAAACUCAACCAUUAUCAACAUUUCAAGAAAGAUCUAUUGAUUUUGGAGUAAUAUCAAGAAAUGAAGUAAGAAGAAGAACAUUUAAAUUGAAAAAUUCAAAUCCUUUUAAUUUGUUUAUUACUUGUGUUGGACAUAUCCAACCACCAACCAAUACCAAUCGAUUCAAUAUCAAGACCGAUGGAGUGAGAGGUAUUUUUGGACAAGAUGUAGUGAUUAUAAACAAGAGUGGAACUGGUAGAGAUACUGCUUCUGGACCCUCAUCUUCAUCUUCCUCCUCGACACCAUCAUCAAAUUCAUUAUCAUCAAAGACAUUGACAGCAGACAUUUCAAUGCAAUUGUUGAGUGUGUACAAUGAUCGUGGACAGUUUGUGCAUAGUGGAGCCGACUUUUUUGGCGCUGAUCAUUCAUUUGGUGGUGUUGCCCCCCGGACACACUGCUACAUUUGGGUUGGACGUGUUGACGAGGAGCAGUUAUGGACGCGGGGAGCGUCAUCUGGUCAUCAUGACACAGUACGAGAACAUGACACUGUCGUACAAGUGGCGAGUGAUGAAUGGGUCGCUGUCAAUCUCACCGCAGGUGGUAGACUUUGGUUCGGACCUCACUAUGCACGGCACACCCGUCACCCGUGGUUUGUACGCCAACAGCACAUACAAUAUUGCCGUCAAUAUCACGUCGAUCGAUAUAUCCGACCCGCGUGUGACAUGUGUGAUGCUGACAAACCAGCUGGCGCCCAAGGGAGUCACCCAUUUUGCCAAUCUGGUGUUUACACCCGUUGA